UAAAAGACACCGGAUUAAGUCAAAUUCAAAUGUUCCAUGUGUCCCGAAAGACUUGUUGAUGAUGUCAGAAUUAGUUCUUCCACAGUUCAUCUUUAGUCUUAUUCAGCACUUAAGAGAGGGGUAUAAUGAGCCUGCUCCUGAUCUGCCAUCAGAGAAAGACCUUCAUAAAAUCCUCCAGGUUUUGGAGCCUCAUGUUUCCUUUCUUGAAGACUUAACCAAAAUGGGAGGAGCGAUGCGAUCAGUUCUUACCCAGGUUUUGACUAGCCAACAGUUCUACAAAGAUCUUAGCUCUGGUGUUGGAGAGAAUGCAUGUGCAAAGAAAAGUCAUGAAAAGUACCUCAUUGCUUUGAAAGGCUCUGGACUGGCAUUUCCUGAGGAUAAAAUUGCAUGUGGUAUGCAGGAACAAGGAGCUGGAACUAGCACAUUAGCAGUUCAAGGUUUAGCAGGUGCUACGGCAACAUCAGGACAAGGGGAUUCUUCAGAUGAGGAGGACCAGGAUGGUAGCCAAGGUGUGGGCAAGCGCAAGAGGGUGAAACUAAGCAGCACCACCAAAGAUCAGUCUAUCAUGGAUGUUUUGAAGCAUAAAUGUUUUCUAGAAGAAUUAUUAUUUUGGACAAUAAAAUAUGAGUUUCCACAGAAGAUGGUGACUUUCUUACUCAACAUGCUGCCAGAUCAAGAUUAUAAGAUUGCUUUUACCAAAACUUUUGUUCAGCAUUAUGCUUUUAUUAUGAAAACACUGAAGAAAAGCCAUGAAUCAGACACAAUGUCUAAUAGAAUUGUGCAUAUCAGUGUUCAGUUGUUCAGCAAUGAAGAACUAGCACGCCAAGUAACAGAAGAAUGUCAGCUGCUGGAUAUUAUGGUCACUGUUCUGUUAUAUAUGAUGGAAAGUUGCCUUAUUAAAAGUGAAUUGCAAGAUGAAGAAAAUAGUUUACAUGUUGUGGUGAAUUGUGGGGAAGCACUACUGAAGAAUAAUACUUACUGGCCGCUGGUUAGUGAUUUUAUAAACAUACUUUCACACCAAAGUGUGGCAAAGAAAUUUUUGGAAGAUCAUGGUCUUUUGGUAACAUGGAUGAAUUUUGUAUCAUUCUUUCAAGGUAUGAAUUUAAAUAAACGAGAAUUAAAUGAGCACGUGGAGUUUGAAUCACAGACAUACUAUGCUGCCUUUGCUGCUGAGCUGGAAGCCUGUGCCCAGCCAAUGUGGGGUCUUCUGUCACACUGCAAAGUUAGGGAAACGCAGGAAUACACACGGAAUGUUGUCAGGUACUGCCUUGAAGCGCUUCAGGACUGGUUUGAUGCUAUCAACUUUGUAGAUGAGCCAGCUCCUAAUCAAGUUACUUUUCAUUUGCCGCUGCACCGUUACUUUGCCAUGUUUUUAAGUAAGGCUGUCAAAUGCCAAGAACUAGAUCUGGAUACCAUCUUGCCAGAUCAGGAGAUGCUGAUGAAACUAAUGAUUCAUCCACUUCAGAUUCAGGCAAGUCUUUCUGAAAUUCACAGCAACAUGUGGGUUAGAAAUGGUCUACAGAUUAAAGGACAGGCCAUGACUUAUGUGCAGUCUCAUUUCUGCAAUUCAAUGAUUGAUCCUGACAUUUAUCUGCUGCAAGUCUGUGCCUCUAGGCUGGACCCAGAUUAUUUUAUUUCAUCUGUUUUUGAAAGAUUUAAGGUGGUAGAUCUGUUAACAAUGGCAUCACAGCAUCAAAAUACAGUUCUUGAUUCAGAGCAUGAAAGGUCCAUGUUGGAAGGAGCCUUAACGUUUUUGGUCCUUCUGUUAAGCCUUCGUUUACAUUUAGGAAUGUCAGAUGACGAGAUCCUCAGAGCAGAGAUGGUAGCCCAACUCUGUAUGAAUGACAGGACACACAGUUCAUUAUUGGAUCUCAUUCCAGAAAACCCCAAUCCUAAAAGUGGUAUUAUUCCAGGAAGCUUAAGCUUUGAAUCAGUAUUGUCAGCAGUAGCUGAUUUUAAAGCUCCUGUUUUUGAACCUGGAGGUUCCAUGCAACAAGGAAUGUAUACACCUAAAGCUGAAGUUUGGGAUAAGGAAUUUGACCCUGUCAUGGUAAUACUUCGAACAGUUUACCGUAGAGAUGUGCAGUCUGCAAUGGACAGAUAUACAGCAUUUUUAAAGCAAAGUGGUAAAUUCCCUGGGAACCCGUGGCCUCCUUACAAGAAAAGAACACCACUACAUCCAAGUUAUAAAGGUCUUGUAAAGCUUUUACACUGUAAAACCCUGCACAUUGUGCUGUUCACGCUUCUUUACAAGAUAUUAAUGGAUCAUCAGAAUUUAUCAGAACAUGUGCUUUGCAUGGUUUUGUAUUUGAUUGAGCUGGGGUUGGAAAAUUCUCCAGAACAAGAGUCAGAUGAAGAGGAAUCUGCAGGUGGGCAAGAGCGUUGCCAUGAUAGUUGGUUUCCAGGUAGUAACUUGGUUUCUAACAUGCGUCACUUCAUUAACUAUGUGCGAGUAAGAGUACCAGAAACUGCUCCAGAGGUGAAGAGGGAACCACCUGCAAGUACGAGUUCUGACGGUUUAGCUUCAUCACAAAGUUCAAGGCGGAAGAGCCUCCAGAGAGAGAACUCGGGGACAGCUCAAGUGUUCAGUUUGGUCGCAGAACGUAGAAAGAAAUUUCAGGAGAUCAUCAAUCGGAAUACCAGUGAGGCAAAUCAGGUCGUUCGGCCCAAAACAUCAAUGAAAUGGUCAGCACCUGGUGCAACUCCACAGCUAACCACAGCCAUUCUAGAAGUCAAGGAAAGCAUACUGUCCUUGCUGAUUAAAUUGCAUCACAAACUCUCAGGAAAACAAAACUCUUACUAUCCUCCGUGGUUGGAUGAUGUGGAUGUUUUAAUCCACCCAGAAAUUCCGAGAUACUCUCACGGUGAUGGAAUGACAGCAGUAGAAAGAAUUUUAUUGAAAGCUGCUGUACAGAGCAGAUUGAAUAAACGCAUAAUUGAAGAGAUAUGCCGAAAGGUGACACCUCCUGUACCACCAAAAAAGAUUAGUUCUGCAGAGAAGAAAACUUUGGAUAAAGAAGAAAGACGACAGAAGGCUAGAGAAAGGCAACAGAAAUUGUUGGCUGAAUUUGCCUCAAGGCAGAAAAGCUUCAUGGAAACUGCCAUGGAUGUUGAAUCGCCAGAUGCUGAUAUUGCCAUGGAGGUAGCUACAUCAGAACAGCAUGUUUCUGAGGCAAUAUAUGAUUGUGUUAUUUGUGGACAAAGUGGUCCUUCUACUGAAGACAGACCUACAGGGCUAGUUGUACUAUUACAAGCAUCCUCAGUGUUGGGACAGUGUCGCAAUAGCACUGAGCCAAAGAAACUGCCAACUACUGAAGAGGAGCAAAUAUACCCUUGGGAUACUUGUGCGGCACUGCAUGAUGUGAGGCUUACAACUUUACAGCGAUACUUUAAAGAUAGUUCCUGCCUGCAAGCAGUGUCGAUAGGCUGGGAAGGAGGUGUUUAUGUACAAACUUGUGGUCAUACUUUACACAUAGACUGUCACAAAUCUUACAUGGAAUCUUUACGGAAUGACCAGGUCCUCCAGGGUUUUUCAGUGGACAAAGGAGAAUUUACCUGUCCCCUCUGUAGGCAGUUUGCUAACAGUGUUCUUCCUUGUUAUCCUGGAAACAACACGGAAAGAAGCCUUUGGCAAAGUCAUAGUAACAAGUGUAUGCAAGAUCUUGUACAAGAGGUGGAAGAUCUUCAAGAACAGCUGGGAACUUUCCCAGUAAGCAUCAGUUCUGAAACCAAUCUUAGUAAAGAAAUGGAAUCUGUAAUGAAAGAUAUAAAAAGUACCACACAGAAGAAGUAUACAGAUUACAGUAAGAGUCCUGGAUCACCUGACAAUGAUUUUUUGUUUAUGUAUUCAGUAGCCAGAACAAACUUGGAACUUGAGCUGGUCCAUCGAGGAGGCAGUUUAUGUUCAGGAGGUGCAAGCACAGCUGGGAAAAGAUCAUGUUUAAAUCAGCUGUUCCAUGUGUUGGCCAUGCACAUGCGCCUCUACAGUAUAGACUCUGCAUACAAUCCCUGGAGAAAACUAACCCAGCCGAUGCAGGACAAAAAUUCAGAGCUGAUAAGUGAAGAGCUGCCAGAAGUUCCUGUGCUUUACAGAGAUGUCUCAUCCCUUUUGCUUAUCCAGAUUUUAACCAUGCCUCAACCAUUGCACAAAGAACACUUCACCUGCAUUGUAAAAGUGCUGUUCACUUUAUUGUAUACUCAAGCCUUGGCAGCACUUUCUGUUAAAUGCAGUGCUGAAGAUAGGAUGGCAUGGCAAGAGUCAGGAGCUCUCAAAAAGAAUACAUCCAGUGGAGAAAAAUCUUGGGAAGUAUUGCUGGGUCAUGUGAUUAGUGAGCUGUCUAAGGGGAAGAUAUAUGAAGAAGAGGAGGCUGAAGAAUUAACAGUGGUAAAUCCUGAUUCUGUAGAGUGCUAUCUGCAGCAGUUCUGCAUGCCUUUCCUCAGGAUCACAAGCCUUCUUCAACACCAUCUUUUUGGAGGGGAUUUACCUAGUUGCCAGGAAUAUGAAGAAUUCACAGUUCUUGCAAGCUGUUUGGGUCUAUUACCAUCUUUUCAGUCAGCUCAUCAGUUCACCAGUGCCUCUUGUCUCGAUUGGCCAGUGCCAGCGUUUGACAUGAUAUCACAGUGGUGCUCGGAAUUGGCUUCAUUUGCAGAUAGACAUCCAGAUCAAGUAAAGGCUUUGCUUAUCCAGGAGCCUAAGUGGGACUUGCCACGCCUCCUUCAGUUGCCUGAGAAUUAUAAUACCAUUUUUCAGUAUUAUCACAGAAAGACUUGUACUGUUUGUACCAAGGUUCCUAAAGAUCCUGCUGUUUGUCUAGUUUGUGGUACUUUUGUAUGUUUGAAAGGACUAUGCUGCAAACAACAGAGUUACUGUGAAUGUGUACUGCAUUCUCAAAACUGUGGAGCUGGGACGGGAAUAUUUCUUUUGAUUAAUGCAUCUGUAAUCAUCAUCAUACGAGGCCAUCGUUUCUGCCUUUGGGGUUCUGUUUAUCUAGAUGCACAUGGUGAAGAAGACAGAGAUCUUAGGCGUGGUAAACCUCUCUACAUAUGCAAGGAAAGAUACAAAGUGCUUGAGCAGCAGUGGGUGUCUCAUACUUUUGAUCAUAUCAAUAAAAGAUGGGGGCCACAUUAUAAUGGCUUGUAAAUCAUCACCAUCUACACACCAUAUCAUUGCUGUUGCCAUGAAUGAAUGCAUCUUGACUGACAAUAGCUUUAAUUGUAUGGGAGUUUAGCUCUUUGGCUCGGGGUGGAGUGGGAUAUGGGCAUAAAAGGGAAAUGGAACUUUGUCAACAUGUGAAAUCUUUUGCAAAAUUAGCUGCUGUUGCUACUAAAUAAUGAUACAAUAAUUUGCAAUUAAACCCUCAGAAUGGUGUGAGCAAUCUGAUUGCACUCAGUAGUCCAUUUUUCUUUUGUUUUUUAAAGCCCAUUAUUGUUAAGAAGCACAAAUUUUACUUACAGUUGUUUAGAGGCUCCAGGGAUAGCUGUGAGGUUUUUAUUUUUCUCUGCGUGGAGUUGAGUUUUUAGCAAUUGUUGCUGAAACAGUGUAUAUGUCUACUGCAUCUACUAAAUGUGUUGGAUAAAA